AUGGGCCAUAAACGCGCCACAUCUGAUGACUCGUCAUUCUACGGUGAUGAAAAUGCAGUAGAAUAUCUUGAUCAACGAGUUGAAUCAUUUGAUCCUGACGAGUGGAUGAUGCAACGUCAUCGGCAACCGGGAUCGGCGCAGCCGCGCAUAGUCCAGGCUGAUACGACCGCUGAGUUACAUAACCCUUACGCAGGAGUUCCAUAUGCUUGGCAGCUUACAGAAACGGUGGACGAUUUCCUUUCCCGUCUGCCUCCAGCUACGACGACCCAAGCGCCCGAGACUCCAUGGAUAUAUAUUUGUAACCCGUAUAUUCCACGCGUCCCAAAGUCGGAGAGCUUAAACCAAGCGAGCAAAGGGAACGAGGAUGAGGGGCCUGAGCAAGACGGUUCCAGACUGGAUGUUGUCAUCGAGGGCGGUAUGGAGCGACUCGAACUUUUAGGCAAUUUUGUUCGCGAACUUCCAAAAUUCGGCCGGCCACCAUCCACCACUGAAAGGGAGAAAAAUAAAGAACGGUCACAAGCUACUUUAGACAUUCUGCAUCUCGCCCAUGUUGGAAAAGUCCGUGCAGGAAAGUGGAUGCUCUUUUGUGAUGUUUUGGAGGUGAAUGAGGUUUGGGACAUUGUCGCCAAGGCGACCGCAAAUAACGAACUCGGAAUCGCGGCAAAGGUCGCUCCGCGGCCCGAGCAAAAUGGCUCGCGGAAGGAUCGCCUUAUUUGCGUGUAUACAAAAGACUUCAUGGACAAAAUCGACGUUGGGCGCGUUGUCCAACGACUGAAGGAGCUUCGGUUGGCAGAUGGAAAGUUGAGAAAAAUCUACUACAAGCCCGAUGUCUUUACGUAUUUGGGAAUAUCAGGUGGUAAUCCGUGGGGUUUAAAGGCGUCUGUCUACAACUCCUCCGAAGUAUUUCCAUCAGUGCAAGACGCUGUAAUGACACUCAUCCAAGUGGUUUUGACGAACUAG